GCAAGAGAAAGAAGAAGAAGAAAAGAGACCCCCACAUCCUUUCUCUCUCUCUCUCUCUCCCUCUUUCCCUCCCUCUCUCUCUCUCUCUCUCUGUUUAAACAUGGAGGACGAGGCGUUUGGGUGGCUGAAGCUGGCGCUGAUAUGCGCGGCCCUGGCGGCGGCUGCACUGAGGAUCGCGGCGGUGCUGUGGUGGAGGCCGAGAAGGAUCGAGGACCACUUCUUGAGGCAAGGCAUAAGGGGGCCGCCGUAUCGGUUCUUCAUCGGGAACGUGAAGGAGCUGGUGGGGAUGAUGAUGAAGGCAUCGUCGCAGCCCAUGGCGCCCCCCUUCUCCCACAACAUCCUCCCCAGGGUGCUCUCCUUCUAUCACCACUGGAAGAAGAUUUAUGGGUCAACGUUUCUGGUGUGGUUCGGACCCACGGUCCGGCUCACGGUCUCGGACCCAGACCUGAUCAGGGAGAUUUUCACCUCCAAGCAGUCGGAAUUCUACGAGAAGAGCGAGUCGCACCCCCUCGUGAAGCAGCUCGAAGGCGACGGCCUCCUCAGCCUUAAGGGCGAGAAAUGGGCUCACCACCGCAAGAUCAUCCUCCCCACAUUCUACAUGGAAAAUCUCAAACUGCUGGUGCCGGUGGUGGCGAGUAGCGUGACGAGCAUGUUGGAGAAAUGGGAGGCAUUGAUGUCCAAAUCCGGAGAGGUCGAGAUCGAGGUGUCGGAGUGGCUCCAGAACCUGACCGAGGACAUCAUCACCAGAACAGCAUUCGGCAUUAGCUACGAAGAUGGCAAGGCCAUCUUCAGGCUCCAAGCUCAGCAGAUGGUCCUCGCAGCCGACGUUUUCCAGAAAGUCUUCAUUCCUGGCUAUAGGUUCUUGCCAACGAAGAGGAACAUAGUCUCCUGGAAGCUGGACAGGGAGAUAAAGAAGUCGCUCGUUAAGCUCAUCGAUCGCCGGAGAGAGGAGUCCGGCAGCGACGGCGAUGGUGGCGGCGAUGGCGAUGCGACGCUCGAGGGACGAAGCCGGAGCCGGCCCAACGACCUGCUGGGGCUGAUGAUCCAGGCCUCGAACGCGUCGGACGCGGUCUCGGUGAACGACAUCGUGGAGGAGUGCAAGGGGUUCUUCUUCGCCGGCAAGCACUCCACGUCGAACCUGCUGACGUGGACGACAGUCCUCCUGGCGAUGCACCCGCAGUGGCAGGACCGGGCACGUGACGAGGUCCUCAGGGUGUGCGGGUCACGUGACGUCCCCACCAAGGACGACCUUGUCAAGCUCAAGACGCUGACCAUGAUAGUGAACGAAGCCCUGCGGCUGUACCCGCCGGUCGUGGCGAUGAUCCGGCGGGCUAGGGCAGACGCGGAGCUCAACGGGUACCAGAUCCCGCGCGGGACCGAGAUCCUGAUCCCAAUCCUGGCCCUCCACCACGACCAGGCCAUAUGGGGGAGCGAUGCCAACGAGUUCAACCCAGCCCGGUUCGCGGACGGCGUGGCCCGGGCGGCGAGGCACCCGGGGGCGUUCAUCCCCUUCGGCCUGGGGCCCCGGAUCUGCAUCGGCCAGAGCCUGGCCCUCUUGCAAGCCAAGCUGGCCCUGGCGAUCAUAAUCCAACGGUUCUCGUUCGUCCUCGCACCGAGCUACCGGCACGCCCCGACGGUGCUGAUGCUCUUGUACCCGCAGCACGGGGCGCCCAUCAUAUUUAAACGGUUGACUGAUCCUCCGGCCCCACAAGAUCAACGGUUGUGAAUCGAAGCUUGUCCUUAGUAUAUCUGAUGAAGGAAUUUUUUGCGUAUGUGUUGGUGUGGGGGAUUGCUGGUGGGUGGAGUGGAGGGACCAAUUUGUCCAUGGUUAAGUUAUCCAUAGUGCCAGUAGGGAGUGAACAAAAUGAGGGAAAAAAACGAAGGAAAAAAAAAUGGGAAAGGCGUCUUGAAAUUCUGACCCAAUAGUCAUGUUUUUAUUUUUCUUUUUUUUUAUAAGAAGGAAACAAAAAAAAAAAUGGAGAGGAAGAGAAAGGAGGGGGUGCCUAAUGGCAUGUGGGAUUUUUAAUUAUUUUUUAGGUUUUAGGUAGGAAUUUACUAACGAAUAGGAGUAGCCCAUCUCAUAUCUGUAUGCAAUGUAUAUUUUCCACAAGUACCCAGCAUUUUUGUAAUAUUAUGCAUUUAUGAACAUGAUGAAGUAAGAUGUUUUACUCAA